AUGUUGCAAGAAAAAGCUCUCAAAUUUUCCUCUGCUCGCGGAAUUCCUAAUUUCAAUGCAAGCAACGGCUGGUUGGGCCAGUUCCGUGUUCGACACAGUAUUGUUUUCCGAGCGUUCUGUGGAGGAAGAGCAGAAGUUAAUCAAGAUGUUGAAUCCGACUGGAAGUCGAGGCUGAGCGUAAUUACAAGUGCAUAUUGUGAUAGAGACAUUGACAAGGAUGAAGCAGGUCUAUUUUUUAAACUUAUUCCAGACAAAACACUGACUGUGAAUGCUGGACAGUGCAGAGGCGGCAAGACAGAGAAACAAGGAUCAACGUUCGGUCUUUGUGCUAACCUCUACGGUGAAAAAGAAGAACCAGCAGAGAUACAUACAGCAAACCGUGCUUCAAAACCAGUAGCAUUUCCUUCAAAAACAAUGACAUUUUCUUACUUGGUGUCUCUUGGCAUUCAGAUAAAAAUGCAUGAUUGA